AUGGAGACUCUAUCAUCUUUAAGAAGUUUUAUAACUAUUCUUUUAAUCAUGUUCUUUGUUUUGCUUUCUAACACUUCUGGUCAAGCACAUGGGUAUCUUCUUUCAAGGCAUAAGCCAAUUUUUAAUCACUUAUCUGCAUCACAGAUGGUAGAAACAACGACAACUAAUCAAUAUGACUCUAUAUUGAAAUUUUUAAAUUCUUCAAGCUUUCCAAACCGUGCAUCAUUUCCACAAGGUUUCCUGUUUGGUAGCGGAUCUUCUGCCGUUCAGAUUGAAGGAGGAUGUGAUGAAGGAGGAAGAGGACUUGGUAUAUGGGAUGAUAUAGUUGUUCAAAACAAAGAUGUAUAUUUAGACGUUGAUAAAUUUCCAUUAAAAAUUGAUCAUUACAAGCGAUAUAAGGAGGAUGUGCAACAUUUGAAGAAGCUCGGAAUAAAUUCUUAUAGAAUGUCAAUUUCUUGGAGUAGAAUAAUGCCGGACGGGACCUUGAAAGGAGGCAUAAAUCAAGAAGGUAUCAACUUUUACAAUAAUUUGAUCGAUGAGUUACUCGAAAAUGAUAUUGAACCUUUUGUGGGUAUCAUGCAUUUUGACUAUCCAUUAGCUCUUAAACAAAAGUUUGGAGGCUUCUUAAAUCUCUCAAUUGUGAAAUAUUAUAAGGAUUAUAGUGAACUCUUAUUUAAAACAUAUGGAGAUCGGGUAAAACAUUGGACUACAAUCAAUGAGGCAGAAGUCACUGCUCUAUUUCAAUUCAUGUUCAACCUUGAUAAAGUAUCUACUGAUCAGACAUGCAAAAAUACUAAAAUAUGUACACAAGCAUAUACUCUCGUUCACAACUUCCUCAUUGCCCAUGCUACCGCGUCAAAGUUGUACUCAACAAAAUUUAAAGAAAUACAAAAGGGAGAAAUUGGACUUGCUCUUUCAUCAGGAAGAUAUGUUCCAUACAGUUCCGAACUAGAAGACGUGGUUGCUUCUCAAAGACUAAUGAAUUUUUAUUGGGGAUGGAUUUUAGAUCCAGUCUUCCAUGGAGAUUAUCCACAAAUAAUGAAGGAGCUGGUGGGAAAUAGAUUGCCCAAAUUCACUAAAAAGGAAAAACACCUGUUAAAAGGGAGCACAGACUUUAUUGGACUCAAUUAUUAUACUUCUCAUUUUGCUAGACAUGAAUCAAACAAAACAAAGAUUAUGUUUGACAAUUAUGAUGCCUUAGCUGUUUCAGAAGUUUUUAAUGCAAAAGGAGAAACUCUUGGUUAUAAGGAUCAAUACAGCGGGACUAAUGUUUAUCCCGAAGGAUUAUAUAAUAUGUUAGUCUAUGUUAAGGAAAAGUAUAAAAAUCCCAAAAUCUACAUCACUGAAAAUGGUAUUUCUUCUCCUAAAAUUCAAAAUCCUUUAAAAGAUGAACAUCGAAUUGCUUAUAUCGCAGCACAUAUAAACGCUACUAAAGCAGCAAUUGAUGACGGCGUAAACGUCCAAGGUUAUUUUUUGUGGGCAGCAUUUGAUACAUAUGAAUUUCAAGCAGGCUAUUCUGAAAAUUGGGGUCUUUAUCAUACUGAUUUUAAUGAUAGUCUAAAACGCCUACUUGACACGGCUAAUUGGUACAAGAAAUAUCUCACGCACGAUUUAAAAAACUAA